ACAUCAUUUCCUGAAGGAGUGAGUGCGCUGCGGUUCCUGCUUAUCUGUCAGGUCUGUGGGGCUCCUGUCUCUUUAAGGAUUCCUGUUUAAAACCCAUAAUAUUUACAUCAGCAAACCUGACACGAAUCUGUACAGAGCAAGGGGCAGGAUACACUCGCAGAAAGAGGCUGGCAGUUAAUAAGCUCAAUACACAGGUAUAGUUUAUAAGAAGAAUUCACGACCCGGUAACAGUACAGACAGCACACCCCCAAAACAGGUCUCGGAGAUGGAGGCUCAUGGCUCAGGCAAGUCCUCACGGAAGAGGAAGAAGGAGGGCUCGAACGGGGAGGCAGAGGAAGAUGUCACGCCAGCGAAAAUGCCACGCUGCUCCGUGGGUCUGACUGAACCGGCCCCCUUUGCAGAUGAGAUCGAGGUCCCUCACAACACUCCGUACAUCCGGGUCACCUUGGAGGAGGCCCGACGGGGCACGCCUUUGGAGCGGCCGGUUCGGGUGUAUGCUGACGGGAUCUUCGAUGUGUUCCACUCCGGCCACGCCCGUGCGCUCAUGCAGGCCAAGCAGCUGUUCCCAAACACACACCUCAUAGUAGGAGUGUGCGACGAUGAUCUGACCCACAAGUUCAAGGGCUUCACGGUGAUGAACGAGGACGAACGGUACGACGCAGUGAGUCACUGCCGCUACGUGGACGAGGUCGUUCGCAACGCGCCCUGGUCCCUCUCGUCGGAGUUCCUCACCAAGCACCGGAUUGACUUUGUGGCCCAUGACGAUAUUCCGUACUCCUCUGCAGGAAGUGAUGACGUCUACAAGCACAUUAAAGAAGCAGGCAUGUUUGCCCCCACGCAGCGGACAGAAGGUAUCUCCACGUCUGACAUCAUCACGCGGAUUGUGCGUGAUUACGACGUGUAUGUGCGGAGGAACCUGCAGAGGGGGUACACAGCCAAGGAACUCAAUGUCAGCUUUAUCAAUGAGAAGAAGUACCACCUGCAGGAGCGUGUGGACAAGGUGAAGCAGAAAGUGAAGAACGUGGAGGAGCGCUCCAAGGAGUUUGUUCAGAAGGUGGAGGAGAAGAGCAUAGACCUGAUCCAGAAAUGGGAGGAGAAAUCCCGGGAGUUCAUCGGCAACUUCCUGCAGAUGUUUGGGCCCGAGGGGGCGCUGAAACACAUCCUGAAGGAGGGGAAGGGACGGAUGUUGCAGGCGAUCAGCCCACGGCAGAGUCCCAACAGCAGCCCCAGCAGGGAGCGCUCCCCCUCGCCCACCUUCCGGCUGCCCUUCUUCACCAAGAUCUCCCCCCCGCCAUCCCCGCGGGCCGGCUCCGCCCGGGCGUACCACAUCAGCGAGGACGAGGAGGACGAAGACUAAACCCAUCGCUCUUCUCUCGCUCACACAGCACUACUGCUCUGGGGUGUGCUGCACAGUGGGGUAUUGAAAGCCAGCAUGCUUCCACAAGCAGGGUGACAGAAAGAUAACUGCUCCAAAUGGAACUGUUUUAUUUGUAUUUUUAAUCAGUAUUAAUUAUUUAAUCAACGAUUAUGUAAAGUUAUCUUUCUGUAAAUUUAGGAUUGAGUUUGAAUUAUGGCGCAGCUGUCCUUGCUAUGUAGCAGCAUUUAAAAAGUAACAAAUAACAAACAGGAUGAUAAGCGAUUAAUGAUUAACACUGAAUACAAUGGCAAAACAACGUCAGUUAUCUUUCACAGCUGUUGCUCUUUCUUAUGUUCUUGGAUUUUGUCAGUUAUCUAUCACAGCUGUUGCUGUUCUUUGUUUCUUGAAUCUUUUUUAUUUAUUUUUUAAAGCCGUUUCUAGACUAACUGAGCCAUAAUUCAAAUGCAGUCAUGUGGCUUGUGUUGAAAAGAGUUUCGGACAGGUUGGCGUGUCACUGAAGGCUCAGAGAUGGAUCCGCUCACGUUCCAGUGAUGUAGAAGUUCAGAUUCUGUUGUAUCAUUGACGGUUUAGUCUGCCUCCACUGUGAGGGAGUUAGCUAGCUUGUGGAAGCAGCGUACCUCUCUGAAAGCUGUUGUCAGCAUAGCAGCUGCAGUAGAACAUGUUGGUGAGAUGCACUUUGGAAGAUGUGUAAGAUUCUGUGCGCUGUUCAGUUGAUCUAGGGAGUGGCAGAUCCCUGUGAAACCACCAGUUAAACCAUUAAAUAUGGAUUCGAUGUUUAGAUGGUCUGCUAAAUUGUUUUUAAAACUUUGGACAUAAGUUUUUGCCGACCCUAAAGACAGGCCAAUGGGUUUCUCGUGUGUCUAACUCUGUCAACAUUGCCAUAAGAGUUUAAACAACAGUAACAUCUAUUUAAAGGAGGUGCGGCUUUUUUAGUCACUACAGAAACAUUCACUUAACACUGAACUGGUGGUACAGAGUACAUCAGCAGCUUCCUACGCAACACAUAGAGAACUAAGUGACCCUACCACUGUGAGGAAAUCCUUUUCUUGCCUUGCUGCUGUACAAACACGCUGGCAUCGCUGGAAAUCCUUCUCUCUGCCUUGCUGCUGUACAAACACGCUGGCAUCGCUGGAAAUCCUUCUCUCUGCCUUGCUGCUGUACAAACACGCUGGCAUCGCUGGAAAUCCUUCUCUCUGCCAUGCUGCUGUACAAACACGCUGGCAUCGCUGGAAAUCCUUCUCUCUGCCUUGCUCCUGUACAAACACGCUGGCAUUGCUGGAAAUCCUUCUCUCUGCUUUGCUGCUGUACAAACACGCUGGCAUCGCUGGAAAUCCUUCUCUCUGCCUUGCUGCUGUACAAACACGCUGGCAUCGCUGGAAAUCCUUCUCUGCCUUGCUGCUGUACAAACACGCUGGCAUCGCUGGAAAUCCUUCUCUCUGCCUUGCUGCUGUACAAACACGCAGGUAUUGCUGGUUUCUGGUUAGAUAUCCACUCCUGUACAAGUCACUGGAAGGUCUCCUGAGGUAUCUGGGAGCAUUCCUGUUACAGGUGUGUGUGUGUCAGUCAUUGUAAAUGCCUUGCUGUGAGGAUGUAUUCAUUAACAUGAUUUACCUGUUGUACCACUGCUUUGAUUACCAGUUGUACCAUUUCUAUUAUUUACCACUGCCCAGGGGAUUAGUGAAAAGAGGCAGUGCACACACACAUUGUAUAUGUACCUAUGUAGAAGUCAAAAUCACACUAAUGUCUGCUACUUCUCUACCUGGUUUAACCUUUUAUACAUUUAAUACCAGACUAAAGGGGAGGAAAAAAGGGAAAUUAUGGCAAAGCUAAAGCUAAAAGGGGGUGGGGGGAGGAGGGUACGUGGGUAGGCUGUUAGCUUUCCUUGAAUAGCAGUUGUUGGAAUAGAAAUUAUGGACAAAACGGUUCUUACAUAAAAAUGUUUUUGAUGUAUUGAUAAGUUACCUUGGUGAUUGCUGAAGCUCAGUAGUUUCUGCAGUAUAAUCUGUAUGAAAGUUUGGGGCACCUUUUAAAAUGAGGCUGUGCUGCUGUAGCAGUUGGUGGAGAGGUGUAAGGGCUUCCUAUAACAAAAAGCUUUAUUCCUACUUUGUGACGUCCAGCAGAGCCUGAGGGGGGUCUCUCUUUGAAUCCUCAUUUUUAGUAUAUCAGCAAAGGUCUUUUCAAAUCCACUUUAUUGAUAGAUUUUUGUUUGGGGGUGGACAGAAAUGUGUCCCCUCCUUUUUAACCCUAGUGAUCACCAGAAAAACAAUAUUACCCCAAGAGGCCGUCUCCUUGCUCUGUUGGGGUCUUUAAGCGGUUUACAGGAAUGUUUGUCUAAUUGUUGAAGUUGUCUGAUUGUUUUUGUUUUUAAUGAAAAUUGUCUUUACAGUGUUUCAAUGGUAUAAAAAAUCCAUAGUUUAUUAACUUUUUAAA